ACCUCAGGCUCAGAGUCAGGGUCGGAGCACAAAAGCAACUCAAAAAAAGCCAAAAGCACUGCAAAUAAUGUAAUGGAGUAAAACAAGAGAGAGAAAGACAGAAUCUAGAGAGAGAAUUUUCUAGAGAGAGAAAGAUGGGACAGAUCGUGAAGACGAAGAAGAAAGGACGUCCAUCAAAGGCAGAUCUAGCUCGCCGGAACGCCGCCGUGGAGAAGACGGAAUCGGCGAAGAAGGAAAAGGAGCUCCGGCGGAGUGGACGGCGGCGGAAUGUAAGGUACAUGUUCGACAUCGACGAUUACCUUGACGACGACGAGUACUUUUUAGAUGACGAUGAAGAUGAGAGUGGAAAAGAGAAGAAGCUGAAACUUUUGCUUAAGCUGCAGAAUGAUGAAGGCGGCGCUGCUGAGUCAACUCCGAGUCGGAAUCGGAGAGGACCUGCCACAUCAGCAUCGUCGGACGACGACGAUGGCGAUGUGAGGAAACACACUAAGAAGAGAAAAGUAAAUCGCGACGAAGACGAGGAAGAUGACGAAGAAAAUGAUGAUGAAAUUGAAAAUGAUGAUGAGGCUAGAGGAAGGAAUGAAGAAGGAAAAGAUGUCGACUCUGCUCCAGGGACACCACCGGAACGACAUUCUGGAAUCAGCCCGUUACCAGACAAGAAGACGUUGGAAUUGAUUCUCGACAAGCUACAGAAGAAAGACAUAUACGGUGUUUAUGCGGAUCCUGUUGAUCCUGAAGAGCUUCCUGAUUACCAUGAGGUGAUUGAGAAUCCCAUGGACUUUGCCACUGUCAGGAACAAGUUGGGAACUGGAGCAUAUGCCACUUUGGAGCAAUUUGAGAGCGAUAUCUUCCUCAUUUGUUCGAAUGCAAUGCAGUACAAUUCAUCGGAUACCAUCUACCAUAAACAGGCACGUAACAUCCAAGAGUUGGCUACAAAGAAAUUUGAGAAGCUAAGAAUCAAUUAUGACCGCUCUGAUAAGGAUGUCAAGGUGGAACAGAAGACAAAAUACGGGUCUGUUGUCAGGAAGCAAAUAAAGAAGCCAGUGGCCCAGAUGUUCCAGGAAACUGUUGGCUCUGAUUUCUCAUCAGGUGCCACUCUUGCCGUAGCUGGAGAUAACCACCAUCUUAACAACACUUGUGUCGCUGGAGUAUCAGAGAAACCUUAUGGUGUUGAUGGUUCUGCUGAAGGAAAUUCUUUACUGAAUGACCAAAAUGUAGACAAGGCAGAAGAAUCACUAUCAGGGAAGGGUCCUCUAUCCAGAUUUGGAAGGAAACCAACUGUGCCUGAUGACAACCGUCGUGCAAGUUACAACAUAUCCACACAACCAGUUUGCAGCAGAGAGUCCAUAUUUUCAACGUUCGAAGAUGAAAGCAAGCACCUGGUCACUGUUGGGCUUUAUUCUGAUCAUGCAUAUGCUAGGAGCCUUGCCCGAUUUGCUGCAACUCUCGGGCCUGUUGCAUGGCGAGUUGCAUCCCAGAAAAUUGAACAGGCAUUACCUCCUGGAUUCAAGUUUGGCCAGGGAUGGGUUGGGGAAUAUGAGCCGCUUCCAACCCCAGUAUUGGUGCUUGAGAACUAUACCUUGAAGGAACCUCCAUUCUUCUCCAAGUCUGUACAAAAGUUUGGAGCUCAAAAGAAUGAGAAAACAUCUGAGGACGCAAUUGCUCGAAAAGAUACACAACCUAUGUUAGAAGGAAAAUCACCGUAUCUUGGUUCAACUAGCGGUAAGCCCAUGGAAAGCGGUUUGAAUAUAUUAAUUCCCAUGAAGGAGCAAUCUCCUAGGGAGGUCAAUCGAGAAGGAAGACCGUCUUUUCUUUCUUCUUCCGGAAAGAAACCUCCUGUUUGUGCUACAGCUAGCCCCAGAUACCAGCAUCCAGAUUUGCAAUCCAGAAAUUUCACUGAACCUGAUAGAAAGGGCCAUUUCAAAUCUGAACCUGAUAAAAAGAUCCAUUUCAAAUCUGAACCUGAGAAAAAGAUCAGUCUCAAAACUGAACCUGAUAAAAAGCUGCAGAAGCAGGUUGAGUUAAAUAGCCCACCCUCAGCCAAUCAAAGAAAUUCUGAAGUUACCAGAAAGAGUAAUAUUACCAGUACUUCUGAAAUUCCUGGAUCGAGGUCUACCGGGGCAAGUCCGAGAAAUCCAUUCUCAGCUGGGUCCUUUAAGCAACCGGUUGUGAAUGGAAAUGCUGUUGGAGGACUGCCCAAUGGGAGAGCACUUAAUAAUAAACCAGACAUUGCACCAGCGGCGCAUUUAACUGCUGAUAGCAUUCCAGCCAUGAGAAAAGUUGCAGGUUUCUUUCACCAAGAGCAGGAGCAGGUCCUCAGUGACCCUGUUCAGUUGAUGAGAAUGUUGGCCGAAAAGGCUGAGAGUCAACAGAACUCUUUGAACCAGUCCCUUACUGAUGCUUCUACAAAUUCCCCCGUGACUCCAUCUGUGAGGAAAGAUGAUUCAGGAAAUGCUGCUGCUGCUGCUGCCCGAGCAUGGAUGUCAGUUGGGGCAGCAGGUUUCAGACCAGGUGUGGAAACAGCAAGCUUGCAGAAUUGUCAUAUUUCUGCUGAUUCAUUGUAUAACCCUUCUCGCAAUGUCCAGCAACAAACUUCACGAGUUCGGGGUGAACAUCCUACAUCAGCAAUGCACUUUCAGGCUGAGAAGAGCAGUACUCCCCUUCAUGCUUUUGUGCCUCAUCCUGUGAGAGUGGGCAGUGAAGCUCAAUUCCAGAAUGCGCCACUGAUUUUCCGUCAAUCUAUACCUGCUGACUUGUCUAGGUUCCAGGUACAAUCUGCUUGGCAGAAUUUUAAUCAACCAGCACAGCCAAGACAGAAGCAGGAUUCCCUCCCUCCUGACUUAAACAUUAGUUUCCAGUCAUCUGGGUCUCCUGGUCGACCAUCUUCGACUGUCUUAGUCGAUUCUCAGCAGCCUGACCUGGCCUUGCAAUUAUGAGACCAGGCAGUUUCUGAUAAAGUAUUUGAAGAUGUCUGAACGUACAAGAGCCUUUGGAUCUUUUGGCUGGCAUAUCUGAAUGACAUCUCUGCUUCAGCAAACCACUAGCAGCUUUGCGGAAGACUUUGAUAUCGGGUCUCAUUUCAUGCUAACGUUUAAGUUAGCGCCUCCACUACUGGAGUCAGCUACUUCAUUUUUUUUUUUGAAUGUACCGAGUUAUUAUUUCUUCACUGGUUAUGCCGUUGUAGUGAUGGAAAAGGCAAUAGUUCUAGUUCAGGUUUAGGAUAGGCAGCAGGCACAACAGGAGGAUCACUGUCCAGGAUACGAGUCGUGGUUUGUUUCAUCCCAAUCAUUGACUUACCAUUGCGAUUUAGAUGGCUGAAGAAGGAAAGCAUAUUACGUUUAUAUUAGUUCGUUCCAGUGUUUGCUAUAUGGCGAUUUACUGAAAGAAACGCUUUAAUUCAUUGUACAUUGGAGCAAGGUGGGACUUUGUUUUUG